ACUGUACAGGAAACUUGAUGGUAGGAUGACUCUGGGUGCAAGGGACAAAGCUGUUAGGGAUUUCAAUACUGAACCUGAGAUAACUGUUAUGCUGAUGUCACUAAAGGCAGGAAACCUUGGUUUGAAUAUGGUUGCUGCUUGUCAUGUUAUUCUUUUGGAUCCGUGGUGGAAUCCAACAACUGAAGAUCAAGCUAUUGAUCGAGCCCAUAGAAUUGGACAAACUCGUCCAGUUACAGUGACAAGGAUUACUAUAAAAAAUACAGUUGAAGAUCGGAUACUGUCUCUACAGGUACAAUAUCCGCCAGUUUAAUUUUCUUGUAUGUGCCAAAAUGAGUUCAUACAUGGUGGCCAUUUCGGAUUUAGGUGAGCAGUAGUGAGUGAGGCUUAACAGCCAAUCGGACUCUACAAGUUCUUAAUUGUUUUCUCUUUCACCUUGAACCUCUCCUUUUUAAUAUUUGCUUACUCUUGUAAUUCAUUAAGCAAAAUUGGGCCUGCAAAAUUAACAGAAGUUCUAUUAUGGUUCAAGGAGAAAAGU